CAGGCUGUUGCCGAGGUGGGAAGCGGGAACUUUUCGUUUAUCCCAGAUGCUGGGAUGAUUGGAACCGUCUUUAUCCACGCCGUCGCCCACCUCCAAACAACAUACGCAACGCGCUGUACUCUAGAGAUCACUACCCCUCUCUCCGCCCGGCUACGUACAACGCAAGCCACUGUUAUUAACGGGACUAUAACGACUGAGGCCAGCGCCUAUAACACACCUACGCACAAUGUGCUCAAGCUGGACCUGGGCAACCUACAGUACGGGCAGUCCCGAGACAUAUACCUCGAGUACUAUAGUCAUACAGGCAGUCCCUUAACGUUGGGCCAGGUUGUCGCCGGGGAGAAGAAGGCUAACCGGAACUUUGACCCGAAAACGGCGGUCCUGAGCACGAGGCUGGAGUACUUGUUCAUGAAGAAUAAGCUGCGCACCGUGGCGGCGGAGAAGUCACUUGUCCGGCGGCUCCCUCCGGCUCAGGAGAAGCAGGACGCCGGCGAGGGCAUGUCCGCUGCGAUGGCAGCGUAUCACGUGUCCCGCGCCCAGGUCUCCGCGUUCCUCGCGUCGUUCUUCAGACCGCAUCCGCACUCCGGGUACACCCUGGCCUUCCAGUCUCGCGAUCUGUCCCAGAGGCGCGACGAGCUCACAAAGCUCAUCAAGAACCUUCCCGCGCGGCAAUACCUCUCCCCCCCCUCGCCCCACUCCUCCACAACGACCACCCGACUUCACCAGUCCCUCCUCGCCGACGCAGAAAGCCAGAUCACAAUCGCCCUGUCCAGCGAGCAGUACUUCAGCACCUGGUCCAUGCCGUACUUUGCCUCUCUCUCCCACGCCCAUUCCCGCCAGCAGUGUAUUUCAUUCAAGGAUCCGGGCCUGCAGGGCUACAACGAUAAUCCCUUCUUCCGCCGCUGCAGGGACGAACUAGACACCGUAUUCGAGCGGAUCGAGCCACCCGCGCCGUCGCUAGCUGCUCCUCCUAGAUACACACUGGGGGGCAGUAGCACGCAGUACAAUCACAGCCAGAACAACGAUGCUGGCCGGGGACACGGCAGCUACGGCCGCCACGGGACAAGGGCCGCGAUAGCAAGUGGCUUCUCUAGGCCUGCCCACAUGAUAGCCGCCUACUUCACCGGGUCCCACGCUGCACCAUCGACGUCCUCGGGCAUGCAGACGCCCCCGCCAGCGUACGCCCGGUUUGAAAGCAGCCGGCCAAAUAUGGAGGCUUAUAACAACGUCGACGCGACGUGCUUUGCGGGUUCGACGCUCGUGGGGAUCGCGGCCGCUGGCGGUAGUGAUUAUCACAGUGAGAGGGCAGUGGAGCUACCGAUCAGUAAGAUCCGCCCGGGUAUGGCGGUUGUCACGCCCCUCGGGCCGCGACAAGUGUGGUGGGUACUACAAACGGCGGUACAGGACGCCGCGCUGUAUCGCAUUAGUGGCGGGAGAGAGGGAGGAGGUUUCGGUGGCGGGAAAGAGGGUUUCCUUGUGACGGCUUGGCAUCCGAUUUGCAUCGACCUAUCGCCGUCGGCAGCUUCUCCCUCGACCUCAGGAGGAAGUAAUGGCUCAGAGAACGCGGCGAACUGGACAUCCCCUGCACAAAUAUCAUCCAAGGACGACAUAGUCACGUACACGGGCUACGUGUACUCUCUGAUGCUUGAGCCCGACGCGGACCCGAUGGCUCACGCUAUCCUCGUAAGCGGACAGAAAGUUCCCGUCACAAGGUCUAGCCGUCAGUCUGCAGCGCAGGGUGCGAAUGGGGUCUAUACGGAUAGCAUAACACGGGUCUGGGGCGUCAUUCUCUGCCACGGCCUCACACCAUCUACUCGCAACUCCAAGCACGAGAACAACCACGCAGACGGUUCGUCAGACGCUCAGCAACACGACGCUCGCACCCACGCGUUCUUUGGGGACUACAAGAUCGUCGAGAAGGCUCUUCGUAGUCUCGAGGCCGCUGAGAGGGCAACGUCUAGUAGCAGUGAUCUUGGCGUAGUGUCGAGCGCUGGGCUGGUAAGGGAUGAGCAUACCGGUCUUGUCCGUGGGUUUCAGCCGCUUUGAUCUGAGGCGGUAUGCUACUAAGAUCAUACGGAGAGUCAGGGUCGAACUCAAAUAUAGACUUUUAUUGUAUACAUUAGUACUUGCUUUGCGUAGAAUUUGGGCAUUUAGAGUCCGUGUUACAAUUGUGGAAUUGAAGUACUGAUAAGAUAGCUGUUUAUAAGGAUUUUACUGCCUUUACUAAUAGCCCUCGCUACGGGCAAUCUCAAAGAUAUAGAAAACUACUAGUGAAACGGUAAUAGGCAGCUAACUGGGUGUGACGACCAACCAACAGG